AAUUUGGAAUAUCUCUCUGCGUAUAUAAACCGCCUCAUUAUUAACGAUGAGUGAAGAAGCCAGACCUGUACUUCACUCAUUCGCCGGAGACCGAGACCGCGACGUCCGGCGACCAUUCUACAUAGAGAGAAACCACCGGUUUAUGAAAAGAAGAUAAAGUGGAGCAUUUUUGCCGGUGAAUCUCGAGGAAAAGUUGUUCAAUUUUGAUUCAGAUCAUUUCUUAUUUGCUUUUCCAGUUCAUACUCUCUCUCUAUUAACCGUCGUCGACGACUGAGAUGGCGGUCAAGGUUGCUACCACCUGUUUGCGUUGGUCUAAGCCUUAUGUUCCUCAUUCACCGACUUCUUCGCAAACAUUAGCUUCAACCGUUCCUUCUCCUCCCCUAAGAAGACGGAGUUUCAGCGACGGAGCGGUUAUCUUUCGCUGCGUUCAGAGACUGGACCGGUCUUUUUGGGGAACGAAGCUCCAUCGCUCCAGAUCCUGCGAUAAUCACACUAGUACUACUGUUUCCAGACGGAGAACAUUCAAACAAGCGUGCAGUGCUAGUCUGGAUGCGUUUUCUGAUGAGGAAUUUGCUAAACAAAUCCAGGAGAUUGCCACCAGAUUCCAGUUGUCUGAAGAAAACGAACCAACAGAAUCUGAAUCCGCCUCUGCUUCUGCUUCUAUAGAUAUCAGAAAUUUUCCGCAUUCAGUUAAAUUUAGUCAAUCGAAGAUAUCAUUUGACUGGACGGCGGAGAUUUCGGAGGAUAUCAAUAUCAUUCCGGCGAACAUCGAAAUGAAGGUAAACAGCGUACAAUUGCCUCACUCUCUACGGAUCAUAAGGCAGAAGAUGCAAUGGGAAGAAGGAUUUCGAGAAGCCGGUGAAUUCGCAUCUUGUUCCGUGGAGAAGGCGUUCUCUUCUAUGGUCUUCAUCAUCCAUGAGCUUCAUAGCUUUACUCUGCAGAUGCGAGAGAAGCUUUUUUACGAAGAUCUUCAAGGAAUAAUCCUUCGUGUACAGAAGGAAACACAAGCCUCCUUCGUUUGGCUAUUUCAGCAAGUAUUUUCUCACACGCCCACUCUAAUGAUGUACGUUAUGAUCCUGCUAGCAAAUUACAGCGUCUAUUCGAUGUCUGCCAACGCUGCCAUUGCAGCACCGCCGCCGCCCCACUCCUUCGUCAAGAUGGAAUCUGUUAUCACCAUAGACGAGCAGAAGCAGGGGCAAUUCAGCUUCGAUUCGUCAACGAUUAAGAAAUUCUCAGUUUCAUCUUCCAGCGGGAAGACGUCCUCAAUUGGGGGAAGCAACGGCGGCGGAGGGAAAUAUAGGACAGUAGCCAGCGGAACAGACGGAGAUGGCGAAUCUGUAAACUACCAGGUGGAAAUCCCAAACGGGUCAUCAUCCGGUAGGGAAGAGGAAUCAGUUUCGGGUCAAGAGGAAGAAAUCAAACUAUGGAAUUCAAUGGUGGAGGAGGCGGCGAGGGAUACAACUGUAGAUACACAGAGAUUCGUAUCGCCAGUGACAGCGGAGAUUGAUGGGGAUGCGACAGAGGACUAUAGCAAGACGGAGCUUUUGUAUCAGAAGGGUCUUGCCCAGGAUCCAAAUAACGCUCUACUACUGGCGAAUUAUGCUCAGUUCCUCUAUCUGGUCUCGCAUGAUUACCUAAGAGCAGAAGAGUAUUUCAAGAAGGCGACGAAAGUUGAUCCGGUGGAUGCGGAGGCGCUGAACAAGUAUGCGACGUUUCUUUGGCAGUGUAAGAAUGAUCUAUGGGCAGCGGAAGAGACUUAUUUGGAUGCAAUAUCGGCUGAUCCAACAAAUUCUUAUUAUGCGGCCAACUAUGCUCACUUCCUUUGGAACACUGGCGGAGAGGAAACGUGUUAUCCGAUCACCACCGAUGACAUUUAAUCGCGGAGAAAUAGCAACCUAAAAUCUUGUGCAUUCUUCUUCUUCUUUGCAUUCUGGUACUAUUAGAACAAUUAUAUUAUUAUAGAUGAACAGAAAAGGCUUAUAAUAAGAUGAAAUCACAUAUUUUUU